GACGUCAGUUCUGCGGCUGAACCGUGUAGCGAGUUCUGCAGCUAGCUUCGGUCUUUGGUUAGCUUUUGUUCGGAAGACACCGAACCGGAGACCCAACGGGGACCGAUCCCGCAUGAGAGAGGGCAUCAAAUGAAACAGAACCGCAGGAAGUCAUAAAACCCGGACCUGUUUAUCCGAGCCGGUUCUCAAAACAAAGCGACACAUAAGUUUACGUUUAUUACCAAGGUCCUGCUGUGAUUGGAUGAUCCUCAUCAGCUUCAUCACCGGUUUAUUCUCACAAUAAAAUCCAGACUGGUUUCAGAAGACCCCCUCGCUGACACUGGCCCCGCCCCCUCCACCUGCGUCGGACUCCUCCAGCCGUCAUGCCCACCCUGUUCCUCCUCCGUCCGUGCCGCUGAGCCGCCGCUCUGGACCGCCGCCGGCGCCAUGGAGCGAAAACGCAGAAAGAAAUUAAUCUAGCUGCUCGGCCCGCUCGCAGUACCAACUGGUUUUUAUUUGGAGCCGAAGACGAUGAUCCGUCCCGCCCUCUGAUCCGCUAACAGGACAUCAAAAUGCUCCGUUUCUCUGCGCUCGUCUUUCUGGGGCUGCUGGCCGCCGCGGGGACGGAGCCGGAGCCGGGAGCCCGACUCGGUUCUGAUCCAACCCUCCCGCCAUCAGCGACUGGUUCCAACUGCUCCCAGCUGACCCUCAAACUGGAGUUUUCUUCUGAGGUGGUGGAAGACGAGUACAUCGUAGCGUUUACAGGGUAUUUCUCAGCCAAAGCCCGCAGCCUCUACAUCAGCCGUGCCUUGAGGAGCGCCGCAGACGCCCACCUGGAGUGGCACAUCGUCCCCAGGGAAAACCCGGCCUCCGACUUCCCCAGCGACUUCGAGCUGGUCCACAUCCUGCGGGCGUCCCCCGGCAGCCUGCUGACCUUAGAGGAGCACCCCUACAUCAAGAGGGUGACGCCGCAACGCAAAGUUUUCCGCACCCUCAAAUACGUCCCGUCUCCUGAACCCACGGCGCCGUGCAACCCCGCACCAGAAACUCCAAAAUGGCAGUCGUGGCAAUCGUCCCGCCCCUUCAGACGGACCAGCCUCUCUCUGGGAUCGGGUUUCUGGCACGCCACGGGUCGCCACUCCAGCCGGCGUCUGCUGCGCGCCAUCCCCCGCCACGUGGCCCAGAUCCUGCAGGCGGACGUCCUCUGGCAGAUGGGACACACCGGUUCUGGAGUGAAGGUGGCUGUUUUUGACACGGGUCUGAGUGAGAAGCAUCCACAUUUUAAAAACGUGAAGGAAAGGACCAACUGGACCAACGAGAAGACCCUGGAUGAUGGCCUGGGCCACGGGACGUUUGUUGCAGGAGUGAUCGCCAGCAUGAGGGAGUGUCAGGGCUUCGCUCCGGACUCAGAGCUGCACAUCUUCAGAGUCUUCACCAACAACCAGGUCUCGUACACCUCCUGGUUCCUGGAUGCUUUUAACUACGCCAUCCUGAAGAAAAUCGAUGUUCUGAACCUCAGCAUCGGGGGUCCGGACUUCAUGGACCAUCCCUUUGUGGACAAGGUGUGGGAGCUGACAGCCAACAAGGUGAUCAUGGUUUCUGCUAUCGGCAACGAUGGACCUCUGUACGGCACCCUGAACAAUCCGGCUGACCAGAUGGACGUGAUCGGAGUCGGGGGCAUCGACUUCGAGGACAACAUCGCCCGCUUCUCCUCCAGAGGGAUGACCACCUGGGAGCUGCCGGGGGGGUACGGCCGAGUCAAGCCCGACAUCGUCACCUACGGUUCCGGCGUUCGGGGCUCCGGGUUGAAGGAGGGGUGUCGUUCUUUGUCCGGGACCAGCGUGGCGUCUCCGGUGGUCGCCGGAGCCGUCACUCUCCUGGCCAGCACCGUCCUGAACCGGGAGCUGGUGAACCCGGCCUCCAUGAAGCAGGCUCUGAUCGCCUCGGCCCGCAGGCUGCCCGGGGUCAACAUGUUCGAGCAGGGCCACGGGAAACUGGACCUGAUCAGAGCCUAUCAGAUCCUCAACAGCUACAGACCUCAGGCCAGCCUCUCUCCGAGCUACAUCGACCUGACGGAGUGCCCCUACAUGUGGCCGUACUGCUCCCAGCCCAUCUACUACGGAGGGAUGCCCACCAUCGUCAACGUGACCAUCCUGAACGGCAUGGGCGUCACCGGCAGGAUCGUGGAUAAGCCCGUCUGGCAGCCGUACCUGCCGCAGAACGGCGACCACAUCGACGUGGCCGUCUCCUACUCACCUGUGCUGUGGCCGUGGGCCGGCUACCUGGCCGUGUCCAUCUCUGUGGCCAAGAAAGCUGCGUCGUGGGAGGGAGUGGCUCAGGGUCAUGUGAUGGUGACGGUGGCGUCGCCCGCAGACAACGAUUCGGAGGUCGGGGGGGAGCUGACCUCCACGGUCAAACUGCCCAUCAAGGUAAAGAUCGUGCCCACUCCACCUCGCAGCAAGAGGGUGCUGUGGGACCAGUACCACAACCUGCGCUACCCACCCGGGUACUUCCCCCGGGACAACCUCAGGAUGAAGAACGAUCCCCUCGACUGGAACGGGGACCACAUCCACACUAACUUCAGAGACAUGUACCAGCACCUGAGGAGUAUGGGUUACUUUGUAGAAGUGCUGGGAGCACCAAUCACCUGCUUCGAUGCCAGUCAGUACGGCACCCUGCUGAUGGUGGACAGUGAGGAGGAGUAUUUUCCUGAAGAGAUCACCAAGCUGAGGAGAGACAUCGACAACGGUUUGUCGCUCAUCGUCUUCAGUGACUGGUACAACACCUCCGUGAUGAGGAAGGUCAAGUUCUACGAUGAGAACACCAGGCAGUGGUGGAUGCCGGACACGGGCGGCGCCAACGUGCCGGCCCUGAACGACCUGAUCUCGGUGUGGGGGAUGGCUUUCAGCGACGGGCUGUACGAGGGGGACUUCACGCUGGCCGAUCACGACAUGUACUACGCCUCCGGCUGCAGCAUCGCUCGCUUCCCAGAAGAUGGGAUCGUGAUUGCCAAGAACCUGAAGGAUCAAGGUCUGGAAGUGUUGAAGCAGGAGACCGCCGUGGUGGAGGGGGUUCCCAUCCUGGGGCUGUACCAAACGCCGUCAGACGGCGGCGGUCGCAUCGCUCUGUACGGAGACUCGAACUGCAUCGACGACAGCCACAGACAGAAAGACUGUUUCUGGCUGCUGGACGCUCUGCUGCAGUACACCUCCUACAGCAUGACCCCGCCCAGCCUCAGCCACUCCCACAGCAGAGUGGCGCCCCCUGCAGGUGCAGACAGCCCACUGCCACAGAGGCUGGAAGGAAACCAUCUGUACCGCUACUCCAAGGUUCUGGAGGCUCACCUGGGAGACCCUAAGCCACGCCCCCUGCCAGCGUGCCCCCACCUGUCGUGGGCGAAACCACAGCCGCUCAACGAGACGGCGCCCAGUAACCUGUGGAAGCACCAGAAGCUUCUCUCCGUGGACCUGGACAAAGUAGCUCUGCCCAACGUGAAGCCGUACCGUCCCCAGGUCCGACCUCUGUCUCCGGGGGAGAGCGGGGCUUGGGACAUCCCCGGAGGGAUCAUGCCGGGUCGGUACAACCAGGAAGUGGGUCAGACCAUCCCAGUGUUCGCCUUCCUGGGUGCCAUGGUGGUCCUGUCCUUCUUCGUGGUCCAGCUCACUAAAGCAAAGAGCAAACCGAAGCGAAGGAAACCUCGCAUCAAGCGGCCCACCUACCUGCAGCAGCAGACCGCCGCGGCCGGGAAGAACCCCACGGUGUGACCGCGCCCGCCCCGCCCCGGACCAGACCUCAGAACCGAGACCAGGACGAACCGGACUGUUGGACCAGCUGUUUUUAAUCCCGCCCCCUGGACUCAGGUUUUGUGCCUCUCUGGUCGCCGGCGCCGUUCGUGUGUUUCUGUGGACCAAUGAACAGUAUUAAACCCGUGAAGUAAAACACGCAUCGGGCCCAGAACCGGGCCCAGAACCGGGCCACACCCAGUCCAAGUGGACUCAUGUCCUUCCUGCUCGUCUCUCUGGAUGAAAUCUUUAUAUUUAUUAACUCUUCGCGCCGCGGCUGAAGCUCCGCCUCCAACAGAAUCAUGUAGAAACUGGAGGAAAUGAUCCGUGCCUGUUUUCUACUUCCUGCCCGUACGACGUACAAAAAAACUCUUUUUGUUCUUGUUUUUAUUUUUAUAAACCGAGUUUUCUGCUCGAAUCAUCGGUGGUGAUCAGCAGCUUCUUCAGAUAUCUCUCAUCAAUAAAAAGCAUAACUCAA